AAACUUGGCGGUUAAAGCUCCGUUUAGGAAAGGGCUGCGGGAGACGGGGGAAGCCAGGAAAGACCGGGAAAGGGACCUUUAGUUUGAGACUGUGCCGAGGUAGGAUCAUGAAAGAAGAGGUGAAAGGCAUUCCGGUACGAGUGGCACUGCGCUGCCGCCCUCUGGUCCCCAAAGAGAUAAGCGAGGGCUGCCAGAUGUGCCUUUCCUUCGUGCCCGGAGAGCCGCAGGUGGUGGUUGGUACCGAUAAAUCCUUUACCUACGAUUUUGUGUUUGACCCAUCUACUGAACAGGAAGAGGUUUUCAAUACAGCAGUCGCCCCACUCAUAAGAGGCAUAUUUAAAGGAUACAAUGCAACUGUCCUGGCCUACGGGCAGACUGGCUCUGGAAAAACUUACUCGAUGGGGGGUGCAUAUACUGCAGAUCAAGAGAAUGAACCAACAGUUGGGGUCAUUCCUAGGGUAAUACAGCUGCUGUUCAAAGAAAUGGAUAAAAAGAGUGAUUUCGAAUUUACUUUGAAAGUAUCUUACUUGGAGAUUUACAAUGAAGAAAUUUUGGAUCUUUUGUGCCCAUCUCGUGAGAAAGCCGGUCAAAUAAACAUUCGAGAAGAUCCUAAGGAAGGCAUAAAGAUUGUAGGACUUACCGAGAAGACUGUUUUUGUUGCACUGGAUACUGUUUCCUGUUUGGAGCAGGGCAACAACUCCAGGACUGUGGCCUCUACAGCCAUGAACUCCCAGUCGUCACGUUCUCAUGCCAUCUUUACAAUCUCCAUAGAGCAAAGAAAGAAAAAUGACAAGAAUAGUAGCUUUCGCUCCAAGCUGCAUCUGGUAGACCUUGCUGGAUCAGAAAGGCAGAAAAAAACGAAGGCUGAAGGAGAUCGUCUAAAAGAGGGUAUUAAUAUUAAUCGAGGCCUUCUUUGCUUGGGAAAUGUAAUCAGUGCACUUGGAGAUGAUAAAAAGGGUGGCUUUGUGCCCUACAGAGAUUCCAAGCUGACUCGACUACUUCAAGAUUCUCUGGGCGGUAACAGCCAUACUCUUAUGAUAGCCUGCGUGAGUCCUGCUGAUUCCAAUCUAGAGGAAACAUUGAAUACCCUUCGCUAUGCUGACAGAGCAAGAAAAAUCAAGAACAAACCCGUUAUUAAUAUUGAUCCCCAGACAGCUGAACUUAACCAUCUGAAACAACAGGUACAACAGCUACAGGUCAUGUUGCUACAAGCCCAUGGAGGUACCCUGCCAGGAUCUAUAAAUGUGGAACCAUCCGAGAAUCUACAAUCCCUGAUGGAGAAGAAUCAAUCCCUGGCAGAGGAGAAUGAAAAAUUAAGUCGUGGGCUGAGUGAGGCAGCUGGUCAGACAGCUCAGAUGUUGGAGAGGAUCAUUUUGACAGAGCAAGCGAAUGAAAAAAUGAACACCAAGCUAGAAGAGCUCAGGCAGCACGCAGCGUGCAAGCUGGAUCUGCAAAAGCUAGUGGAGACUGUGGAUGAUGAAGAAUUAAAAGAAAACGUAGAGAUAAUUCGUAACCUGCAGCAAGUGAUUACUCAGCUAUCGGAUGAAACUGCUGCUUGCAUGGCUGCAGCCAUUGAUACUGCGGUAGAACCAGAAGCUCAGGCAGAAAGCAGUCCAGACACGAGCAGGUCGUCUGAUGCUUUCACCACUCAGCAUGCUCUGCGGCAAGCUCAGAUGUCCAAGGAGCUGAUUGAGCUGAAUAAAGCCCUUGCUCUGAAGGAGGCCCUGGCUAGGAAGAUCACCCAGAAUGACAGCCAGCUACAGCCCAUUCAGUUCCAGUACCAGGACAAUAUAAAAAAUCUUGAAUUGGAAGUCAUCAAUCUGCAAAAGGAAAAAGAAGAAUUGGUUCUUGAACUUCAGACAGCGAAGAAGGAUGCCAACCAAGCGAAGUUGAGCGAGCGCCGCCGCAAACGUCUCCAGGAGCUGGAGGGUCAAAUAGCUGACCUGAAGAAGAAACUGAAUGAACAGUCCAAACUUCUGAAACUGAAAGAAUCCACAGAGCAUACUGUCUCCAAACUAAACCAGGAGAUACGGAUGAUGAAAAGCCAGCGAGUACAGUUAAUGCGUCAGAUGAAAGAGGACGCUGAGAAGUUUAGACAGUGGAAACUACAAAAAGACAAAGAAGUAAUCCAAUUAAAAGAACGAGACCGUAAGAGACAAUAUGAGCUGCUCAAACUUGAAAGAAACUUCCAGAAACAGGCUAAUGUACUCAGACGUAAAACGGAGGAGGCAGCUGCUGCCAACAAGCGUCUCAAGGAUGCUCUCCAGAAACAGCGGGAAGUUGCGGAGAAGCGGAAGGAGACUCAGAGCCGUGGGAUGGAAGGCACCGCGGCUCGAGUGAAGAAUUGGCUUGCAAAUGAAAUUGAGGUUAUGGUCAGUACUGAGGAAGCCAAGCGCCACCUGAAUGACCUUCUUGAGGACAGAAAGAUCCUGGCUCAGGAUGUGGCUCAACUCAAAGAAAAAAAGGAAUCAGGAGAGAAUCCACCUCCUAAACUGCGAAGACGCACAUUCUCACUCGCUGAAGUGCGUGAUCAAGGUUCUGAGGCAGACGAUUCGAUUACGAAGCAGAUUGAAAGCCUAGAGACGGAAAUGGAACUCAGGAGUGCACAGAUUGCUGACCUACAGCAGAAGCUGCUGGAUGCAGAAAGCGAAGAUAGACCAAAGCAACGGUGGGAAAAUAUUGCUACCAUUCUGGAAGCCAAGUGUGCCCUCAAAUAUUUAAUCGCAGAGCUCGUCUCCUCCAAAAUACAGGUCAGCAAGCUUGAAAGCAGCCUGCAACAGAGCAAGGCCAGCUGCACAGACAUGCAGAAGAUGCUGUUUGAGGAGCGCAACCAUUUUGCUGAGAUAGAGACAGAGUUACAAGCUGAGCUGGUGCGAGUGGAGCAGCAGCAUCAGGAGAAGGUGCUCUACCUUCUCAGCCAGCUGCAGCAAAGCCAAGUGGCCGAGAAGCAGCUAGAGGAGUCCACCAGUGGCAAGGAGCAGCAGCUGCUGAGCACACUCAAGUGUCAGGAUGAAGAACUUAAGAAGAUGCAAGAGUUGUGUGAGCAAAAUCAGCAGCUUCUCCGUGAGAAUGAACUCAUCAAGCAGAAGCUGACCCUCCUCCAAGUAGCCAGCAGACAGAAACCUCCUCUGCCUAGAGAUUCAUUUCUGUCUCCAGACUCAUCUUUUGAAUAUAUCCCACCUAAGCCAAAACCUUCUCGCAUUAAAGAAAAGUUCCCAGAGGAGAGCAUGGACAUUGAGGAUAUCAAAUAUUCAGAGUAUUCUCUGAAUGAUCCUGAGGACACUGAUGGCGACGAUGACAAUGCCGAUGAUGAAGAAUGGAAGCCAACAAAAUUAACUAAAAUGUCCAAGAAGAACAUCCAAGGGUGUUCCUGCAAGGGCUGGUGUGGAAACAGACAGUGUGGGUGCAGGAAGCAAAAGUUAGACUGUGGUGUAACCUGCAGCUGUGACCCUGCGAAGUGUCGGAACCGCCAGCAAGACAAGGAUAGCUCAGCUGCUGUUGAGCGGACCCGGGAUUCUGAAGGCUCCUGCAGACUGGAGGAUCCCACAGAGGUGACACCGGGGUUGAGUUUCUUCAACCCUGUCUGUGCCACUCCUAACAGCAAGAUCAUGAAGGAGAUGUGUGAGGAGGAGCAGGUCUUGGCAAAGACAGCUGCUCCAGUUUUCUCCUUCGACCUCCCAGAGGAGAAAUCCAUAGCAAGAGAACCCCAAGAAAAUAAGGCUCCGGGCAAGAAAAAGAAGCGCACUCUGGCCAGCAACACCAGCUUCUUUGCUGGCUACUCCCCCAUCGAAGAAGAGGCCCACUGAAGUCCAAGGCCACCACUGGGGCCCGCAACAUGCUUCCACAAGGCAGCCGGAAGUGUGCGUGUGUGCGCGGUGGUGGAGGUGGUGGUGCUGUCGUUGCCACUUAAUGAUUUCCCUGGGUUUCAGGCUUCUCUCUGGCAAAGGGCCGGAGUGGUGCUGAAAGGAAGGGAACUUGUGUUGGCUCCGACCUCCAUCUCCAGCCCCAAAGAACUCAUCAGCCUGCUCCG